AUGUUCCUUGAGGACUUUGCCUUCCGCGGCUGCCCAGUUGCAUUGGAGGACGGGCUCAGGGAGGCCCUGGUUUUCUUCCAUGGGUUGUGGCUUGCGAAUAUCUCAGAUUGCCAACGCAGUGGGAGCAAAGUAAAGCGCUUUCAGGAACCAAAAGAAGCGAGGCGUCCCUGGAGGAUAUGGUUUUAUGAUACCUCCAAGCAAGCAAUAGGUGCCCUCUUCAUCCAUUUUGCUAAUGUUUUCCUGUCGGGUCAUACUGCAGAAGAUCCCUGCUCUCUCUACCUAAUGAAUUUCAUCCUCGAUGCCACACUGGGGAUGCUGCUAAUCUGGUUCGGUGUGAAGGUUGUCUCCUGGGUUGUGGAGCAUCGGAAGUACACAUGCCUAGCCUUUGGAGAGUAUGGUGACCCUCCACAAGCUGCUGCCUGGAUUGGCCAGUGCAUCCUCUACCUGCUGAUAAUGGUCUUUGAGAAGACUGUGGUAAGCCUUGCCCUGUUCAUCCCUGGCUGGACAAAGCUUCAGGAGAUUUUACUGGACUAUAUCGCAGAUCCUCAGCUGGAGCUCGUUCUGGUCAUGUUCAUUGUGCCUUUUACAGUCAACGCUGUUAUGUUCUGGGUUGUGGACAGUUUGAUCAUGAGGAAAUAUAAGCAGAAGGACGGCCUUGAAGGCAGUGGGUCCAUAGAAAACCCCGUGAGGAAUGAAGAAUCCCAGGUGUUGCUCUGUCCUGACUUGGAUUUUGAUCAGUCUGAAAGUGACCAAGACAUCUCAGGACUCCAAGAAACCAGCCAGAAAACGAGACAGCCAGGCUAUCAAGGGGUACUUUAACAGCGACUUCAAAUGGAGAGAGUGCCAACCAAGAAAACGGCAAUAGAGACUUUUUUAGAAAACUGGACUUUGAUCUGAUGUUGGAAGUUGGGGUGGGAAUGCUAGUUUAUUGCACAGUUAAAUGGAGAUCACAUGCUGGGACUAACCAGAUGUACCCUUUGCAGUUGUUUUCCUGAUGGCGUUUCUGUACCUUCUGCAUUCUUGCUGCCCAGUGUGAUGGCUGGCUCUUCAUACACCAUUAACUCCUGCUGUACCUGUAUUUGUCUCUAAACUGGACACUCCUAAUCAUAUCAUGGUAAGGACUGUAGAGAGAUAUUUCUCUGGCUGGCCAGCUGGCUGUAGAGUUUGUCAGGAUGGUAGCAUAAGUCAAAAUACUAGAUCUUUUUAUACGAUUUAAGAUUUAUCUUGUACUAACUGUACUGUGACACUUUCUGUAUGCACAGCUUGGUCAUAAAUAACUCACUUGUAAAAAGUAUUUAAAAAUGUCUUUGGGGUUGGACUGAUCAUUCCACUGAAUCUGACUUUUUUUUUUUUUUUUUUUACUGUUUUGUAGGGAUUGUAAUAAAAGUUUGACUUAAAGUUG